UUCUCUGUAAUCGUUGUGGAGGGGCGUAAAUUGAAUUAUUAUUGAUUUCGAACUAGGUUAUUGGAGUCAUUAUGCAGACCUGUUUGUAUACUGAGUCACAAAAUGGCCGCGUCAGGUAUAUUUCGCAUAAUAUCCCAUUGUUGACACUAGUGUAGCGCUAUACUCGGUUGUUUGUUGUCUAUAUGGCAUAUUAGCUUUGAGUGUUCUUGUUGGAUAACUUAAAAACAUUAAGGUUUUUCUAUUUACAAUCGCUGAAGUCAACCAACUUCCACAGCGUUCAGAGUUCUCUCUCCUGCUGUUAUUUCAGACGUGCUAGCUAGCGGUUAGCCUUCGAACGUCUGGGGCUCAUGGGAAAUGGUGUUCGUUAGGAGCUGCUGAAGUCAACCAACUUCCACAGCGUUCAGAGUUCUCUCUCCUGCUGUUAUUUCAGACGUGUUAGCUAGCGGUUAGCCUUCGAACGUUUGGGGCUCAUGAGAAAUGGUAUUGGUUAGGAGAUACAACCCGGAGAGUUCGCUUGUCGAUCACAGGGCUAGCAUGGAGUCGUCAGUUAGCUUAACCUUCAUAUUUUUAAAUGGUGGGAGGAAGCUGGUUUACACAGAACUCUUCUGUCUGUGAGUCGUUUGUUCAGGGAUCACCUCAUCACUGCAGCCUCGUCCUGGGACUAUAUAAGAAGUUGAUGAGUGGCAGAGAUCCAUCUGAGUCCUGCUGAUUGGAUAUACAUUAAAUUCACCUCAGAGUGGUGAAGAUGUUUUUAUCAUCCACACGCUUUCUCAUCCUCCUGCUCCUCUUGAACUGUGUCGAUGCUGGUCGAGUGCUGAGGAAGAUCAAGCAGCGUUUGCGUGAUCUCCAGCUGCAGGAGGCCAAGCAGCGUCUCCUGCUCCGCACAGCGAGCGGACACCAGCCUCUCCAACACGUGAAGGAGGGACGGAUCCAGCAGCCUCUGAACCACUUCAACCGACAGGACGUCAGCACCUUCCCUCAGAGGUUCUUUGUGAACGAGGCGUUCUGGCGGCGUCCCGAUGGUCCGGUGUUCCUCUACAUCGGAGGAGAAGGACCCAUCUUUGAGUUUGACGUUCUGGCAGGUCACCAUGUUGAGAUGGCUGAAGAGCACGGGGCUCUGCUCUUGGCCCUGGAGCAUCGUUUCUAUGGCGACAGCAUCAACCCUGACGGCCUGGAGACGGAGAACCUGGCGGACCUGAGCAGCCAGCAGGCGCUCGCUGACUUGGCUGUUUUCCACCAGCACAUGAGCCAAAGCUUCAACCUGAGCAGCAGCAACACCUGGAUCAGCUUCGGAGGCUCGUACUCUGGAGCUCUGUCCGCCUGGUUCAGAGGGAAGUUUCCUCAUCUGGUGUUCGGAGCCGUGGCCUCCUCUGCUCCUGUGAAGGCGACGCUGGAUUUCUCUGCUUACAACAACAUUGUCGGCCUGAGUCUCAUGAAUGAAGCAGUUGGAGGCUCAGAGAAGUGUCUGGCUGUCGUGCGUGAAGCCUUCGCUGCUGUGGAAGGAGCCUUGGUGGGCGGUAACAUCAGCCAGGUGGCCGUGGACUUUGGCUGCUGUCAGAUCCCCAAGGAUCCUGAUGAUCAGAUUGAGCUGAUGCAAAACCUGGCCGGCAUAUUCAUGGGAUCCGUUCAGUACAACGAAGAAGGCGUCCUCAUGUCUGUUAAGGAGAUCUGCGGCCUCAUGACCAAUAAGAGCGAGGCGUUCGAGGGCGAGGUGGAGGCGUACGAGCGGCUCGUCAGACUUGCUCAGGUUUAUCGCUCCACCAGUGACGAACCGUGUCUGGACGUCUCCCACGAGAAAAACGGUGAAGGAUCUGAUGGACACGUCCCUCCACUCAGGCAGGAGGAGAGUCGAGAGACAGUGGACGUACCAGACCUGCACUGAGUUUGGCUUCUACCAGACUUGUGAGGACGCUGCCUGUCCGUUCUCUGGGAUGCUGACCCUGCAGGUCGAUACUCAGCUCUGUCCCCUGCUGUUUGGCAUUUCCCAGCAUUCCCUGCCUGCACGCAUCGCCUUCACAAACACUCACUAUGGAGGAGGCAACCCUCACACACACAGGGUCCUUUAUGUCAACGGUGGAGUUGACCCCUGGAAGGAGCUGUCGGUCGUCCACGGCAGGACUGAGGGAGGAGACGAGGCUCAGACCGUCUUCAUCGAGGACACUGCUCACUGUGCCGACAUGAUGAACAGAAGAGUCACAGACCGCCGCUCACUCAGGAAGGCCAGAGAGGAGAUUGAGAACCAUGUGGCCGGCUGGCUGAAGACGGCCGCCCUGGAGAGGAAGAUGGAGAAAAGAAGAGUCUGAUCAGGUCACGUUAUAUAUAUAUAUAUAACUCGAUCAGCUCUUAUCACUGUGGACGUGAUAAGAGACAGUUAAUAAGGUGCUUUGCCUGCUCUGUUUCAUCCUCCUCAUCCUCCAUUUCCUGUCCUCCUGUUCUCCACCUCCUCACUCCUCCAUCUGUAACCAUCUCACAGAGCCCACAGGUCGUCUGUGCAGCAGCUUAUCACAUCAACAUCAGCCGCAGUAGAAACAAAGUAGAUGACAAAGUAGAUGAUGUAGUAUAAAGGUUUGUGGUGGAUGAGUCAACCCAGAAGUCUUGGUUGUUUCUUUUAUCUACGACCGAUUUUAACUCAAACCACCAUUUUAACCAAAUCACCUUCUUAACCCCUAACCAAACCGAGUGUUCCUACAACGUUAACUUCACAUUUAUUAUUGUUACCAUGACGAUGAAGCUCUGGUAACACUAGGAUUGCACAAUAACAAGAAUUUUCAUAGUUGGAAACUUUCCAUGGGAAUUAACAGGAAUAAACUGGAAAUUUUCGAGCAUAAUCUUUGUUUAAACAACCAGAUUAAAUGCAAAUUCAGUUGAAUUUCUACCCUGAGGGGACAGAGGACCAUAGGGUAUCAUUUUAUUUUAUUAAAUAUUCAUGUUUUUAUUUAUUUAAUGAAAGAAUCUGUGAAAGUUUUACUCACAAAUAAAUCAAAGUCAAAAAUUUGAGUUAGUUUACACACAAAACAAAAUAUUUAUAUUAAUGUUUGUAUAUAACACAGUUUGUAUAAAUCAGUUAAUUCCAGUCACUCAUUACUGAGUAAAAAAGUUGUCUCUGUAACAGUGUGUGUUUCUUCUAUGGUAAAAUAUUUUCAAAUCUUAAAGGUAAUAUAUUUUCACUCAGAGAAUAAAUUGCAGUAAAUUUCCAGUUACUUAAUUACUUAAUUCCCUAAAUUCCUGCCAAUUAAUUCCCAUGAAAAGUUUCCAACUUAGUAUAUUUCCAAAAUUCCCCAUCUUAACUUCCUGUGGAAAGUUUCUGGAAAACUCCUUUACACCCUUUGUUAACACCUGGUGCUGGUUCACUCGUAUCUGAGGAAAGAAACAACUGACGGACAUUUAGGUCCGAGGACUUUCGGCUUUUGCAGAUCAGAUUUAAUAUUUAUGGAGAUUUUUAAUCUUUACAUUUGUUAAUGCUCAUGAUAACAAUGAUUUGACGGCGUUUCUCUGCUUAUUAGAUUUUGUGUAUGAGGCCAGUAAAUUAUAAUCUUAUGUUAUAAUCUUUGUUUUUUAUUGUGCUCAUUAGUUGUUGUAACCUCGUCCCACCACUAGGGGAUGAUAUUGCUACAUGUUUCUCAAAGUCAUUUCUAUAAAUCACAACAGAAUCAAAACUCAGACUGAUAUUUAUCUGUGGUUGUGAACAAAAUCGCAGCAAACGUCUUGUGAACAUUUACAUUCGUUAUUACAAGUUGUUUUGUUUUUAACAGUGAGAGAAAAUAAUGAAGAGAUAGAGAGAGAGGUGAGGAAGCACCAGUUGUCCUUAGGCCAUCUGUUUCUGUAUGGUGUGUGUGUGUGUGUGUGUGUGUGUGUGUGUGUGUGUGUGUGUGUGACCCUCUCAGUAGGGGGUCAAAAGUGGGAGGUCGUGACCCUGCUGACCCUGUGGGAGAGGGAGAUCAUCAAUCAACUGGAGGCUGGACAGAGCAGCAGGACACACACACACACACACACACACAGAAACACACACCUAGAUACUGUAACACACACACACAUACACACAUGUACCUGGGGAACACAUAUACUUAGUGUAAACCAAAUUAAAAGCACAAAUCAAUCACCUAUCAAUAUGGGUAGUUGAUGACAACAAUCACACACACACACACUCAGUUACAGGUCUCUGAGACAUUUGCUGUUGCUGCCACGUGUGUGUGUGUGUGUGUGUGUUUUGUUUGAUAACACACACAUGCUUUCUUCUUCAUGGAGGACUCACAGAUGUUUCUCAGAGACAGAUGGAAAGAACGAGAGUAAACCUGAAGCACUUUUUCUCUGCAGUGCUUCCAUUUCAUCCUGUUUCCUAUAAACUCCUCAUCUCUUUGCUUUUGUAAACAAGCACACACACAAACACACACUAUCAGGGUUAUCAGCCAGCGUUCGUGGAGUGACAGGGCAUGCUUUUUCUCUCUCCUCCAUUCCUCCUCCUCCUCCUCCUCCUCCUGCUGCAGCCUGUCCUGUUGAUCAAUGAGGAAGUUCUCGGGCCUCAACUAUUAAUCAGAACCUAUCGGCUAUCUGUCUGCCGGGCCAACCAAUCACGGCCCUACGACAGCUGGGCCAUGAAAAAUGUGUCCUGGUGGAUGGAGGGGAGGUUGGGGACGUUUUUGGUGGAGGGGAGGGGGAGGUGGUGGCGGGGUCACGGAGGAGAGGAGGGAGGUGAAGGAGCACUCUGUCUGAUACGAGUCAGAUCACAGCUUGCACUUUACACACUUACAGUUAGGGUUAAAAAUUGUGUUAAUUUCCACGGGAAUUAAUGGGAAUAAACUGGAAAUUUGCAGGGAACUUCAAUGUAGUUGGAAAAAAAAAAACAUCUUUCAGAAUAAUCUUGGUCAAAACAACCAGAUUUAGUGUAAACUCAGUUGAAUUUCUACCCUGCACCACAACCACACUACUGCAUCUGUGGUAAAUAUAUUGAAUUUAUGACGAGCAAAAAAUUAAAAUGUGUUUAUACAGUAGCAGUAUACGUAAUUAUUAAAUGUAAAAUGUCUCUUUUUUAAAAUUUAAAUUUGUGUUAGUUUACACACAUCUGCUCCUGACAAAACAAACGCUUUAUAUUUAAGUUGGUAUAUGAUAGCAUUACCUCAGUUUUACAUUACCUAAAUGUUGUGUUAUGAAAACUGAUCCGGUGUUACCAUUUUAUUAUUAGUUCAGGAGUAAAAAAAAAAAAAAGUUGAGUUGUCUCCAUCUUCAUCUGUUUUCAAACCAAGAUCAUGUUUCUUAUUUUUGUUAGAAGUCAAAUGUUAAAGUAUUUUCAAAUCUUCAAGGUCAUGCAUCUUCAUUGACUGUCGGUGUUUAAAUUACCACAAAUUUCCAGUUAAACCCCAUCAGUUCCCCUAAGUUCCUGUUAAUUUCCAUAAAUUCUUGUUAAAUUCCCUCAUAUUCCAGAUAUUUUCCCUAAAGUCCUGUUAAUUCUCUAAAAUUCCCUUAAACUCCUUUAAUUCCCAUAUAUACUUGUUACCAUUAAAAUUAUUACCAUUGAAAAUUCCCUCUUUUUUUUGGGGAAUAUUUCCAAAAUUCCUCAACUGGAAAGUGGAAAGUUUCUGGAAAUUUACAUGGAAAUUUUCCACCCCUGUACGUCCCUGCUUACAGUUGAGGUCCUGCUCAGCUGCACGUUUCACGACUGAUACUCAGAAUAAAUCAGUUCGAUCGACACAUUUUGUUCCUGAUUCACGUUCACGUUACAUUGCGACACUUUGCCGCCGCCGUGUCUCCGUUUCCUUUCAUUUGGUUUCGGUUAAAGCGACAGAAUUGGAGGGAAAAGUAUCUCGAGCUGCAUUUUUUUUUUUUUUUUUUAAUGGAGUCUUUAAUAGUAGAAAGCUCUGGAGCCAGGACCAUAACCCUGUUGAUCUGUCGUCCAAUAACAAGGCCUGUCCUCGCGCCUCAAAGCUUCAUCAACACACCACCAUCCCUCUUCUGCAUAAUCACCACACUCACUCUCAUCCAUUCACAUCUUAUUGCCAUGAUUAGAUUACAUCUAAUGCUAUUACACCGCUCCCAUCUCCCCCUCUCUCUCCCUCUCUCCCCCUCUCUCCCCCUCUCUCUCCCUCAUCAUGGAUUUCUUGCAGAUCUUAUUAGUGUGUGAUGUGGACCAGGUCUCCCACUUUGGAUUUAUGAACCCUCAGACUUCUCUCCUUUAAUCUCUCCCCUCUCCUCCUCCUCCUCCUCCGCUCCCUUCCUGCAUCUGUCCAUCUAUCAUUCCCAGGGUUGGCUUGGGCGGAAGAGUAUUAAUCCCUCCUAUCCCAUCUCUCACUCCUCUGGACAGAUGAGGAGAUGGAGGAGAUGGAGGAGGGAGAUGGGGAUGCGAGGAGGAGGAGGAGGAGGAGGGGGAAGGCGACCUCAGAUUACUUUCCAUAAUAUUUCUGUAGGGGAAAACGUAGAGGUAAUAUAUGCAGAUUUACUCUACGAUAGGUCACUGCUUUGGCACCUUCAACAGGUAUCAGGAUGAACUGAUUAUACAUAGAUGAGAGUGUGUGGGUGAAGAGCAGAGGCAAUAACAACGGAUGAUGAUAAACAAUUUAGCAGCAGCGCUAGUCAGCUGUUUGCAUGUUGAUGCAAAGCUUGUUAGAGAAAAGAUUUGACUUCCUGUACAGAGUCCAACAGUUACUGUGUCUUAGGCUGCGUUCCAUUGAUAUCAGAGGUCGGGACUGGGAGUGACGCCAGCUACGAGUUAACGGUGUUCCAGUAGACAACUUCGAAACAAGUUGGUAACAUUAGAUUUUAAUGUAAACACUUCAGAACGUUCUUAAAACGCUGGGAAUGAUGCCAUCUGCUAAUUAACGGCGUUCCAGUUGAGAAGUCGGAAACUGGAACAAACCGUUAAAUUGUGUUUUGACCCUUAAAGAGCGCAGACUUUUCAUUCUCCAUGUUUUCUGUAAUUCCGUAUAAAAUGCGAUGUGCACCCUCUAGUGUUCAACACAGGUAAUGCAUAUCUUUACAGAUGAGCAGAAACAUCAGCGCAGUCAACAGAGAAGCUAAUUUUUCCCGUUUUUCGCAGUCCAGAGAUUUACUGCCGCGUGUGUCGCCAUUUUGUAAGAAUAUUUUGUUAAAAGGCGAAUCAGCUACUCAGUGUGUUCCACAGCUAGCACGCUACCAAUGUUAGAUAAAUACGUAGGCGAAAAGUUAGCCAAUUUCUUCUUCUUUCUACUUCCUGAGGCACAUGAAAUCUGCUGCUAAAGUUCACAUUUUUUAAAUCUACAAAAGGCAAAUUCUAGACUGAAAAAAAGAAAGAGUUUCGCAAUCACAUCAGAAAUCGUGGAGGUUUACCGUAGGAAUGAACGAACUUCUGCAUUUAAGUUGAAAUUAGCUUUAGUGUUCUCUACUGUUGUUACGAACAGCAGCAGCUUGAUUUCUUACGUCAGGGUUGGUGGGGUUUCCCCGACUUUCUGAGUUGAAACUUCCGAGUUGGAACUCUGAAAUUCCAACUUCCGAGUACAACUUGAACGCACCAUUAUGACCUGUUGAAGCCUGUUAGGUGCGUUCAACAGAAUCCAAUAAACUCUGGGAAAUCAAUUGGAAAGAUCAGGACAUUUAAUGAGUCCAGUCCUCACAGGCCUUAUUCUGAAAAAAAUUAAGUUUAAAGAAAAUAAACCUUUGACCAGCAGUCAAACCUCCCCCUCCCUCCCCCCUCUCCCCCACCCGAGCCUCUGCAGUGACAGGUAGAUUAAGGGGCGUGAUAGAUGCCCCGCUCUGUAUCUCCCUCUCUCCAUCUCCCCCCUCCUCCUCCCCUCCAUCCAUCAUGGCGGCUGGUGUAAUUGUGGCUGCGUGGGGCUGGCAGAGGGAGCCUCCAUCCAUCUCCUUAACAACAAACAGUCACGAGGACGGAUGGCGCUGCACUCCCCAGUUAAUCUCCAUCUAUAAGAGGAGGAGGAGGGGAGGAAAAUAACAGAAAGGGAGAAAGGUAGUGUUGGCUUACUAUAAACAAAAAGAGAGGGAGGGGGAGAUGGUGGAAGCAGGUAGGUAUAAAGGAGGAGGAAUGGGGGGAGGUGGGGGGAGUGAAACUGGAGGCAAAGUUUGCAAACAGGCUGCAAGAGCAGGUCGAUAGCGGUGGAGUUGCUCUGCGAGUGUGCCAGAAAAAAACGGGGGAGAUUGUGGGGGAGGAAGGGGGGAGGAAAAUUUAUGUCCAUGCAGCCAGACGACCCAGAAACUGGAGAGGCACAGACUCAUAAAAAUGCACUCUGCACUCCCCCCUCCACCCUUUGGUUUUACCCCUCGUCCUCUCCCUCUCUGAUGUUUUGGGGUGGUUUGUGCGCGAGAGGUCACGGCAGCCAUAUUUUCUUUAUGGCGGAGUCACUGGAGUCAACGAGGCUGGGUGGCCUCCGAGCCUCACCUCCAUCUCUCUCUGCUAAAGUCCAGUAAACUUGACUUGUUUUGUGGCGGCGGUGCUUCAUGUAGGUCGCUGUUUUUCACCUUGCGGAUGAUGGAUUGCCUUUUGAGCGACGUCAACAGCUGGAGCUGCAGAAGAGUAAAGUCUGACGUCUUCUGUUUGUAAUUUAGUCUGAGUUAAAGUCAAACAGGACAGGCAAACAUCCACUCUCUCUCAUUUUCACUCUCCUGUUUUCUAGCCCUGGGCAUCGCCUGCAUCGAGGCCCGACAUCGACGCUGACCCUCCUGCAGCGAGCACACAAACAA